AUGCAAAGGCGUCCCGCUCUCCGCCUUUACAGUUCUUCAGCCCGCAAGUUUAGUGCCCUUGUCGCCGGCAGAGUACCUGGAAUAGCGUCUGAUGAGGUUCGUGGCGCAGGAAGCAUCUCGGCCAGGAGUACUGCCCCAUCUGGCCCGCCAAUUCCCGCGUAUUGCUUGACAUCAAGAGCCUUGACAGGUCUUUGCGCUGCAUCUUGGCAUGAGAAGGAUGCCAUCGAGCUUCUCGGUGCUUUUGCAGCUCGCCGUGUCAAAAGGCCUGGUAGCUAG